GCCUCAAGGCACUCGACGGACAACAACUGCAACUUCUUCGUCUUUCCUUCCAGCCUGAUACAACACUCAUACCCUCCGGCAGAUACAUAGCCAUUUCAGCAUCAUGGCCUCCGCCUCAUCCUCGAAGCCUUCGAGCUUCCUACUCUACUCUUGCAUCGCCCACCGCACCACUAUCCUCGCCGAACAUUCCUACCCAGGCACCUCCUCAACAGCCGCCUCCUCCCUCGCCUCCAUUAUCCUCCCCAAAAUUUCCCACGACAAACCUCAGAAGCUAACCUACACCCACGAGCGACUUUUCGUGCACUACAUCGCCGAUUCCCCCAGUGGUAGCAGCAGCAACAACAAUGAUUCCUCAUCCACAGAGCCCAACUCCUACGCACCGCUCAGCUACAUCGUCGUCGCGACAGCUGAACAAGGCCGCCGCAUCCCCUUCGCCUUCCUCCUCGAAAUCAAGCGCAAGUUCCUGGCAACAUACCCGCCGUCGAGCACGGACUUCGCCACCCUGCCCGCCUACGGCUGCGCCGCGUUCAACCCAGACCUCCGCGCGCUACUGCAGACGUACAACACGGCGCCACCGUCCGACUCGCUGGCCUCUGCGCGGCGCGAGAUCGACAGCGUGCGCGACAUCAUGACGGAGAAUAUCGAGCGGGUGCUGGAGCGUGGGGAGCGGAUCGAUUUGCUGGUCGACAAGACGGACCGACUUGGGGGCAGCGCGCAUGAUUUCCGGAUGCGGAGCCGCGGGCUGCGGCGGCGGAUGUGGUGGAAGAAUGUCAAAUUGGUGGCGCUGUUAGUCGUGGUCGUGGUGUUCUUGGUGUAUUUGUUUGUCGGGAUGGGAUGCGGGUUGCCGGCUUGGGGGAGGUGUAUUGGGUGAAUAUGAUGAUGAGAUAGAUGGGAUGAUUGGGGGUAUGUAUGUGUGGGUGGUGACCAAAAUAGCAUCUGUCCUUUCUUUUUGUUCAAGUUGAGAUUGAGCCCUUGGGUUUGUACCUUCGUUGUUUUCAUUCCUGCAUUUCCUACGCCUUGUUCUUUGAUGGGAUCAUGAAUAUCGAUGGAUGAUGAGGGCGAGCCUUUGAUUGUUUCAUUUUUCAUGUCGGUGGUGUGGGUGUGAGAUGGAUUCUCAAUUCCUACCUACCUCUGUAUAAUACACAAUAAUGUAGUCUGUUCGUGUUUAUGGGACUGUUUGCACUUGACUGCAACGU